AUGUCGCUCACGACGGCGCGCCUGCAAGAGGAACGCAAGCAAUGGCGCAGAGACCACCCCUUCGGCUUUGUCGCACGCCCGAUGAAGACCUCUCAAGGCGCCCUCGACCUUAAGAAGUGGGACUGUGCGAUCCCUGGCAAGGACAGGACAAUCUGGGAGGGCGGUCUGUUCAAGCUCGAGGUUCUCUUCCCGGAUGAGUACCCUACGAAGCCACCUAAGUGCAAGUUCGUUCCGCCGCUCUUUCACCCGAACGUGUAUCCCUCCGGCACCGUCUGCCUCAGCAUUCUCAACGAGGAGGAGGGUUGGAAGCCCGCCAUCACUAUUAAGGAGAUUCUGCUCGGUAUUCAAAUGCUGCUCGACGAGGUCAACAUGGACUCGCCGGCCCAAGCAGAAGCUUACAACCUCUUUAAGAAAGACAAGAGUGGCUACGAGAAGAAGGUCCGACAGGUGGUCAAGGAUAAUCCGGCACCCUAG